GUUGAAGGUCUGAAUAUUUCCAAGGAACUUCCAAUACACAUCCAGUGUAAGACGGAGCCAAAUGAACUACGUAAAUGGAGGAAAGCAACGCCAUUGGUCGAGGCUUUCCAAUACACACCAGUAGAGCUGGACUCUAUAAAAAACUGAUACCAGAAGUAGAAGGCAAGAGAUUUUGGGACUACUGUAACGAUGUGUAUGUGAUGUUUAGUUCCGCAGAUGUGCAUUAAAAUCUCUUCUCGUUUUGACUAUGAGCAGAUGGAGUUCCGAGUCUUAUUUAACCUUUAUUAAUAUAUUCUAUGAGUUUAGGCACCUUUAAAUUCCUCAAUAUAAAUGGUGAUACCCGACGUGCCGAUUGAGCUGAUUCAGACUUAAGGGGGACGAAAAGGUGUCUCUCUCCAGACUGGCUGCAAGGCAGGGAUCGGGGCCAGACACAGAAAAAGAGGAAAAGGGCGGGUCCAACAGAAACCAGCAGCGGUCGGAUCUUAAAGUGACGCCAUGAUGGAAACAUCGAGACAAUAUCUGCUCUUUUCCUGUUUGCUGAUUUGCUGCAUAACAACUGAAGUCUCUGCAGCUGCUCUGACUGUGAGUCCCAGCAGAUCUCAGUUCUUUAGAGGAGAAUCAGUGACUCUGACCUGUGAGGAUGGAUGGACUGUGAGGAGAAACACAACCGAAGGAACCAGGACUGAGUGUGGAGAUGAUGGAUUUGGAAAUUCAGGUGGUUCUACCUGCAGCAUCAGUUAUCUGUAUCCAUUAGAUACUGGUCUGUACUGGUGUGAGUCCAUGUCUGGAUCCUCCAGCAGCAGCAGCAGCAUCCAGCUCUCUGUCUCUGGUGGAUCAGUGAUCCUGCAGAGUCCUGUCCUCCCUGUGAUGGAGGGAGAUGACGUCACUCUGAGCUGCAGAGCAAAGAAUCCAACCCACAACCUCCCAGCUGCUUUCUAUAAAGAUGGCUCCUUCAUUGGUGAUGGACCAUCAGGUCUCAUGACCCUCCUCCAUGUUUCCAGCUCUGAUGAAGCCCUCUAUAAAUGUAAUGUCAAAGGUCAUGGAGAGUCUCCAUCCAGCAGGAUCUCUGUCAAAGAGAGAAUCUCCUCCACCGUUCCUCCAUCCUGCUCUCCUCCUGGUCUCCAGUCUCUCCUCUUCCUGUGUCUUUCUGCCUUCAGUGCUUCUGUUUCUCUUCUACUAGUUCAGCUUUAAAUUCUACCGUUGAAAUAUUUCAUUUAAAUCCAGUUUAUUCUUAACUGAAAGUUGUUUUUGUUCUUAGACUGAUGGAUCAGAUUAUUUAGCGCUGCUGCAGCAUUUUAGAGUCUCACAGCUUCAGACUGAAUUUAUUUUCUACCAGAAUGUUCUGAUGUUAGAAUCGGUCCAAUAUUAGAGCUACACAAACAGAACCAGACCUGAAAUCAGCUAAGAACCAGAUUGAUCUGAUAUUUUCUACUGAUAAAGGCUUUAAUUACACCUUCCGCCUGAAGGUGGCGCUGUGAGCUGCUCUCAUGUAUUAAUUGUUUUUCUAUAUUCUGAAUGUUAGAGUGAAACUGAUGUAAGAAUUUGAUUCAUGUUGUUUUCCUGAAUUCAUCCAGAGUCCGUUUGUUUGUUUGACUCAAGCUGCAGCUGCUGCAGACAGGCGUCAGCAUGAUGACAGGAAAUGUUCAAUUUCUGCUUCAGAACCACAAACUGGGUCAAACUUUAGGAUGGGUCUGGACGGCACUAGCCCAGGGCCCAAACAUGGGAAGGCGGCAGCAGAUAUUUAUCUAUUUUUAAACUAAUUAAUAUUUUAAUGUUUAACGACCCAAGUUUGGGACAAUUCACCUCUCACUAAAAACCCUUAUAAUAUCUAAUAUUAACAGUUUUAUUUACGUGCAUUAAUACAAAACUGUCCUGGCUCUACUGUCCUCCCUCCGUCAGCCAAUCAGCGGCAAGGAAACUUUGCUCCUGGAUUGGCUGGUUUGCUAAUAGCAGCUAAUAACUUGUCAAGUAGCAGCUUGGCUAGGACCUAGCUAAACGCUGGGCGGUGGCCAUAGAGGAGAAACUCUGCUCUAAGCUAAUAUAGGAUUAGCUCUAUGCUAAUAUAGGAUUAGCUCUAAGCUAAUAUGGGAUUAGCUCUAAGCUAAUAUAGGAUUAGCUCUAAGCUAAUAUAGGAUUAGCUCUAAACUAAUAUAGGAUUAGCUCUAAGCUAAUAUGGGAUUAGCGAUUGACAUUCCUGUGAAUAGAUGAUACAUUUUCAGCUCUGUUGUGUGAUUUAUUUUCAAAACAGUCAAAACUGUAAGGCAGUGAAAAUGGGAUUAUUAAUCUAAGUUAUCAGACACUCAGUUGAACACCAGUAUUGCUAUUCUUUCUAAUAUCGAAUGAGGAAGAUUUAUCUCUAACAAGAACAAAUUAAACCUUUGAAAUAUUUGUUCAGAUGGAGUUCUGAGUUGUAACAGAACCAGAACCGACACAAGUCCACUAUCUGGACUAAAUCUGGUUCUGCAAGCGUUCAGCUGUUAGUCAUUCAGUAGAUGGAUGGAAGAAGAGGCUCAAAUAACUUGUGACUGUAAUAUGGGAAAGUUAAUUUGCUAAAAUUUCAUUUCACUCUUACCACAUUUUAAAGAUGCAGAAACUCGUCUGAUGUUAGAAAGUCACCAGAAUAAGACGCUCAUGUGACGCCAUGUUGAAUUUAAACACAACUGCUUAUGAUUUGAUUCUGUUGUAAACAAAAACUUUUUGAUUUGAGAAAUAUGUUUUCAUUCCUGUGAAUAAAUGAGAAAUGUUCA